ACGUCACGGGCUGGUCACGUGACAUAGUUGUGUGACGUCACAGAGCGCAAAACGCACAAGCUGAAGUUUCGAGUUCGAACUGGAGUUAGUUUCGUGAUUCAUGGUGUACACACAGUUUGUUGAGUUCUAGGUUUAUAAUAUAAUCAAACAUAAUGUCCAAGACAUCUGUGUUUUACACUGAGUGCAGUGAAGUCAAGAGAGAAGGUCUGGAUAGGCAGGAGAUGAUCAUGCUUACCUCAGACAUAAUGUAUGAGUCUGUCAGCAUCGAAAAGGUAACAACUGACAAAAAAACUGUCGAGACAACAACAAGAGGUUCAGGGAGCGUGAGCCCAGAUAAUCAAGGCAGCAUCAAGGCUUGUCCUACAGACAGUGUGGAGAACAGCCCAACAGAAAAACCUGCAAAAGGGAGAAAGAUGAAAGAAGUCUGUUCUGUCUUUCGGAGAGUAUGGAAGGCUGUAAAGCGCCCUUUCCAUUGCUGUGAUCCAAACAGUGUGGUGCGUCUUACACCAGAGCUGAACCAAGAUGAUUCAGAGCUAAUGCCUGCCCCAAGUCCAUUCAGAAUCACACCAACAGCUGCCACAGAUGCUGCUGACCCUGAGCUGAUGCAUCUGCCAGGCCAGGUCUGUGAGGAUGUUGAGUCGUUGUGUGUGCCAGGUCCCUCCUGGACUGAGCAAACACUGGACACAGAUCUGGCCGAUCCUGAGUCGUCACCUGUGGCAGAUCCGUCCAGUUCUGAUCUGGGUGAUGAAAAACCUAAAAAACGGAGAAAGAGGAAAGCAGUCCAUGCGUUCUUCAGGAGAUUCCGUAAGGCUGUAAAGCACCUCUUCCCCUGCCGUGACUCAAAGAGAGUCCAGCAUUCUACACCACAGGUGGAUCUAGACGAUUCUGAGAUGAAGUUAGCAGAUGGCACCAUUUCUGUUGAGCCUGAGCCAGGGUGUCAGACCAGGUCUGACCAGGUCUGUUCAGAUCUCCAGUCCCCAUCUGUGCAAGUGGCCAGCCCAGAUCCAGCCACUCCAGUGUUGUCACGUGUGUCAGAUUCAUCAGAUCUGGAGAUCAGUCUGGAUUGUGGAUCUAGAGUGUCUUUCUUUGUAGUGGGAGAGCUUCUAGGACAAGGAAGUUUUGGCAUGGUGUAUGAGGGAUCCCAUAUAUUUAGUGACAGAAUUAAGGUUGCCAUGAAGUACAUCCACAAGCACCAAGCUGACCGUUAUCUUGAUGUUGCUGGUCAUUCCAAACCUGUGCUCGCAGAAGUGGCGAUGUUGCUUCGGUUGGGACAACCUCCAUUAUGCCCCAACGUCAUCAAAUUGCAUGAUUGGAUUGAGAAUAAGAGGAGCUUUGUGCUCAUAAUGGAGUACCCGGAACCAUGCCAUACCUUAAAUCAACACAUCAUGUAUUCAGAUGACAUGAAUGAAGGAAAAGCACGCUGGUUAAUCCGUCAGUUAAUCCAAGCUGUGAAACACUGUAUUGACCGUGGAGUCCUCCAUGGUGAUAUCCACACAGGGAACAUCCUGGUGACUGACCCCAGUUUAAAACUCAAACUAAUUGACUUUGGUUGUGCUCAUCCAAUCAGCUGUGAGGGCAAUCUCAGCAGUGAAUAUAGAGGAGCACCACUCUGCACCCCACCUGAGGUCAUAAGGAAUACCACAUUCCACGCUAACCCAGCAUAUGUCUGGGCAAUAGGUGUUGUGCUCUUUGAAAUCUUGCAUGGAUAUUUGCCCUUUGAAAGCCAAGACGAAAUACUGCGUGGCUACGUUCAAGCGAAACUGACUUUAUCCUCAGCAUGCCGUGACCUGAUUUUUCAGUGUUUGAUCCGCAAUCCAGCUAACAGACUGAUGCUACAGCAUCUAGAAGAGCACAGGUGGUUUAAUAACUAGACAGAGGUUCCCGUGCAUCAACCAGACAAGAAAAGGCAGUGUAACACACAGAGCAGGUCUUAAAUUGUUUCUCAGUCCCCUCUUGCCCAUGAGAAGAGUCAUGUAAAAGGAGGCAAGACUUCAUCUACAAAGUUUAUUGUUAAACUAUAACUUAUGCAGGAAUAUUAUAAGAAGUGAUACAGAGAUUCAUCCAAUAAGAACUGCACAUUACAUAAUAUAGGAAUGAAAAGGGAAUAACAAAAUCCAUAUACGGAGGCUUUCUGGAACAAAAGAUAUUCCUCUCUAUCUGUGCCUUGUGGACCAGAAGACAAACUCAAUGAAGCCCUCUUUCACAAUCUCCGUCUCCUCUUGCACUCCAAUACACAA